CCAGCUGGUGGUGCUGGUGGAAAAGCAACCGGUUCAAGCGCUGGAAUGGUCAAUGGUGCUGGUGUCGAUCAUGAAAACAUCCGGGACGGCGCUGGAAUAGAUACAGAGCUCGCUUUAGUAUACAGAGAUGGCAAUCUCGUCUCAGGCUCGCUCGAAGCAUUAGUGCAGCACAUGGUGCCUACGGAGGAAUAUUAUCCCGAUCGGGCGUAUCUCUUUGCCUUUUUACUGAGCGCCAGACUCUUCAUCAAACCACACGAGCUUUUGGGCGAAGUUUGCGCUCUGUGCGAACAUCAACAGAAUCUGAAUGGGGAGGGCGGUAAGGAACGAUUACAUCGCUUCGUGCCGCGGUUGGUGCAGCUGCUAGCGGAAUGGACAGAAACAUUCCCGUACGACUUCCGGGAUGAGAGGGUGAUGGGUCAUGUUAGGUCCAUCACGCAGAAAGUCGCUGCGGUCGACGCCGCGGCCAGACAGGAAGUUUCGGCGCUGCUGCAAAACUUGCUUCUACGACUGACGGCUCUGGAAAGGUACGAGGAGGGCCUGGCCAGACUGGCGACCGAGGCAGCGACGGAGCAGCUUACACAG